AUGGCCCAGCCGUCGACACCACAACCAUUCCUUCCACAGAAUUCCUCUCUUCCUACAACCGCUGCUACUGCUACGUGGGCCUUUGGCUCUUCCGCCCGGACUCCUGGUUCUGGUGCCAAUACUCCCACGGCCAGCACCUACCUUAUGCCAACCAGCCCUGCCAAGAACCCCGGCAGCAUGAACGACGGACUGAAACCAAAGAUCUCCAAGACCACCGGACAGAAGCCGGCUUGUCUGGUCAAUGCAUCGGUCACCUAUUGCGGGAACGAUCAGAUCUACGCCUUUGGCGGCUUCGACCAAUUCACAGAUGAGGUCUACAAUCACGUGCUUCGGCUGGAUUUGAAGACGCUAAAUUGGGCGCUAGUGGAUAAUUAUGGAGACAUUCCCGGAGUGCGGAUGGGCCACUCAGCAUCCCUUUACGAAGGCGAUAAGCUGCUGGUCUACGGUGGAGAGAAUGAGCAUCGAGAAUAUUUGUCGGAUGUAGUCAUCCUCAACUUGAAGGACCAUCACUGGACACAACCCGCUGUCCAGGGUCCUAUCCCCAAAGGCAGAGCUAGACACGCCACAGUCGUCUAUGAGGACAAACUGUUCGUCAUUGGAGGGCUGACCGGAGAGGCUAAUUACAUUCUCGACGACAUUUGCUACCUUGAUCUGAAGACGUGGACGUGGUCGAAAACAUGGAGCUUCGUGCAAAGGUUCGACCACAGCGCCUGGAUAUGGGGAGGUCGGCUCUGGGUGCUAGGAGGGCUGGGAGCCGACAUGGAACGGCCAUCAGAGAUUUGGUGGCUAGACCUCAAAGGAAGUCCGGCUUUGAGUGGCUCAGGCAGGCAAUACUCGACCAUGGGCCGCAUCUCUUCUGCUAGACAUGAACCCUGGCUGCAUCCCAACCGCGCCGACCGGACCGACACAUAUACCGCGAACUCAGGCAGUGUCCAUAUUCGAUCCACAAGACGGGAGAAGCCUGUCGCCCCGGGGGCGAUAUCGGCACUUAAAUUCGUUUCAGGCCCGCACGUUCCCCUCCAAUCGUCGGGCACACAUUUCCACGUCUGUUCGUCCGGCGCGCUGCUCGACUUCGUUACACCGUCGUCGAACAUUCGUCACAGCGAUUGCAACCUUUCAUCUCUCGAGCUGGACUCGUUGAGAUGGCAAAGAUUGGUUGAAGGUCCUGAGCUGUUCCAACCAGGCUUCAAAUGGCAUUACUGCACAAUCAAUGAAGAUGGAACCAAGGUUUGGCUGCUUGGCUCUCCUGGAGACGAUUCCGCUGGGACCAACCAAGAGCUGCAACUGAGCGAAGUCUUGGCCGUCGACCUCAAACGGUACGGCUUGCUCGGCAACCUUGACUCGUCCUUCGCGUCCGAGCAAAAUCGCAUCCUAGCCUCCGAACGGCAGACAACGUAUCCAGCUCCCUCUGGCGGCGUCGGCUCUGGCCUCGGCUCAGAUCUCGCCAUGACCUUUGAUCAGCCUCCAGAAUCCGGCAGCAUGAGCGACUUCAUCAUUACGGCGAACAACAUCCCGGUUGAUGAGGACGAUAACAUCUCGGAAGUCGACUCUCAGCUGCGAUUCUCCACCAACACGACUAGCAGUCAAGCCUUUGUCUCUGAAAACUCUGUGGUGUCGCCGCCCAUUCAUGUCCACAAAAUGAUCCUCCAAGCACGCUGGCCACAUUUCAAACGCCUCUACGCCUCCAAAAUGAUCGAAUACCAGACGUCUCGCUUGCACAUCCCCGAGCCUUACUCGGUUGUACGCGCGUUCUUAUAUUAUCUAUACACGGAUAGCAUUGCCCCUCAUCCCGAGUUCUGCCGUGACCUCACGGAUGUCGCUGGUAUGCUCGUGAUGGCUAAUCUUUACGAUAUCCCAAAGCUCCGCCUUCUGUGUGUGAACCGCCUCUCGCGCGAGAUUGACAUCGAACACGCCGCCGUCAUUUGGGAACGCGCAGGCCGCACCCAGGAAGAGUGGCUGAAACAGCGGGCCGCGCGCUUUUGCAUGAUGAACUUCGGGCGAAUCGUACGUACCGAGGGAUUCCGGAGCCUCAGUCGACAAUCUCUUAUGGAGCUUUGCGAGGUGGUGGGUAUGGAUGGGAGAGUGGUUGAUGGUGAUGAGGUGGAUGAUGCCGACGGCGGGUUUACGCAAGGUGGGGGUGUUAGCGGGCGAUAUAGACGAAGGAGCCACCGACCAAGUGGGGAGGCGGAUGAGACAGAGGGGGAUGACGAUGACGGGAUGGAUGUGAAUUGA